AUGAAAAGUUGUAGUGGCAAAACAGUGCCACCACCACCACUACCACUAGAGCACCCCAGCGCCAUGUCUCAGCCGAUAGAACACCAGUUCAACCCGUACAGUGACAACGGUGGUACGAUCCUGGGGAUCGCGGGGGAGGACUUCGCCGUGCUCGCGGGGGAUACCCGUCACACAACAGACUACUCCAUCAAUUCCCGGUCCGAGUCGAAAGUGUUCGACGUCGGGGACGGGAUAGUCAUCUCAGCGAACGGGUUUGCCGCGGACUCGACGGCCCUGGUCAAGCGGUUCCGGAACUCGCUCAAGUGGUACCAUUUCAACGAGAACGAGAAGAGGUUGUCCCUCUCCGCUGCUGCUAGAAACAUCCAACAUUUGCUCUACGGGAAAAGAUUCUUCCCGUACUACGUGCACACGAUCAUCGCUGGGCUAGACGAGGAGGGGAAGGGCGCAGUGUACUCGUUCGACCCUGUCGGGUCCUACGAAAGGGAACAGUGCCGUGCAGGUGGCGCCGCCGCGUCCCUGAUCAUGCCAUUCUUGGAUAACCAAGUCAAUUUCAAGAACCAGUACGUCCCAGGGACAGGUGAAAAACGCCCCAUCACGUACCUCUCCGUCGAAGAGGUCGUCAAACUCGUGAGGGACUCCUUCACCUCCGCCACGGAACGCCACAUCCAUGUGGGUGACGGACUGGAAAUACUCAUCGUCACAAAGGACGGCGUCCGCAGAGAGUACCACGAACUAAAGAGAGAUUGA